AUGGCUUCAAUCAACAGUUCGACAGAAGGAGGGAUCAACAGCCUAGGGUCGUUGACUUCAACAACUACUUCAGUGGAAGGAAAAACUCCUGCACCUCCUGAAGAAAUUGAUAAUCCAAAGGAUCCAUCAAAGAAAAGUAUCAAUCCUACAUUUGAUCAUUGCUACCAAUUGGAUCAGCUGGUACUUAGCUGGAUCAUUUCAUCCCGCACUGGAAGAAAGCCAAAGGUAUUGCUGACAAACCUUUCUGCUGUUUCUGGACCUGUCUCCCAACAGGAUCUUGUUAUGUGUAUUUUGAGUGGACUCAGAUCUGAAUAUGAAUCCAUUAUUACUGCUAUUGCUAAUCGACCUGAUUUUGAUAAACUAAGAAUUUCUAAUCAAUCCCAGCAGUUGCGCAAUAACUCACAACGUGGAAGAGUCCGAGGMAGACGUGGCAAUCAAAGUGAUGGUUCAGGACGUGGUAGAGGACGUGGCAACACCAUUGUUUGCCAACUGUGUAACAUUCCUGGCCAUGGUGUUUGGAAGUGUCAGCGUCGUUUUGAUAUUUCCUAUCUUGGUGGUGAUCGACAGCCUGCUCAAAAUCCUACUCCUGAUCCAAUUGCUUUUCACACUGGUUCCUCGCCUCAGUUUAACCGAACUUGGUAUCUAGAUUCUAGAGCAACACACCACAUUACGUCCAAUCUGGACAAUCUUCAGAUUCAAUCAGACUAUUGUGGGUUUGAUCAGGUGAAAAUUGGUAAUGGCACAGGUUUGGAGAUAAAAAAUAUUGGUUCUUCCAUUAUUUCUCAUAAUGACCAUAAGUUUUACCUCGAAGAUAUUUAUCAUGUUCCCUCCAUUACAAAGAAUCUGUUUUUUGUUAGCAAAUUUACCAAAGAUAACAAUGUUGUCUUUGAAUUUCAUCCUUCUCAUUUUCUUUUGAAGGACCAUAUGGGGAGAGUUCUACUCUAUGGACCCAGUAAGGGUGGACUCUAUCAAUUUCCUGCAUCAGCAUCUAUCACUUUUGCUCCGCCAUCCGGUAGUAUUGCAUUUAUUAGUGAGGAAGCAUAA